CGAAGACAAACUGCAGCACGCUGCAGCAGCGACGACGACCCCGAGAUGGCACGAGCCAAGCAAUGGGAACAGGACGAGGAGGAAGAAGAGGACAGGAUCAUAAGUGAGGGCGGUUCAGAAAACGAAGAGGAGAAUGAGGAUGAAAAAGACGAAGCAGGAGCAGAAGGGGAGGGACCGGCUUUCGCACAGUACAUGAGCAGCGAGGAUGAGGAUGGGCAAGAGGAUGAAGACUCUGAAGACGAGGAGGACGAGAGCGAAGGGGAGCCAGACGAAGAAGAAGAACUGAGACAGAAAAUGAAGACUCUGCCCUUCAACGUCCUCAUGAAGGCCCAGCGUUCGUUAGUGCGCAGCGCCAGGAAAGGUUCUGACGACGAAGACGACGAAGGAGACUUGGAAGAGGAUUCAGAAGAGGACGAGUUCGAGGCGGACCGCCGGAAAGUGGCAUCUACCUCGCGCGGAGAUUCCUCGACAAAGAAGGAGCAAGUGAUGGCCCAGCUCCAAGAGGCUGCACAGGCAAAGGAGGCGAAAGAGCGCCGCGAACGACGGGCAAAGGAGCGACAAGAGGCCGCGCGCGAGAUCGAGAAGCGGAGCGACAAACAUGCACCGACGGAGAUGUCGUCACGCAAGCCCGUGUCGAGGAAACGGAGGGUGGUCGAGACUGCCGCCGAUGUACGAAGGGACCCUCGUUUCUCGAGCCUGAGCGCAUCUCAGCCGAAUCGGGGCCUGUUUCAGGCCUCGUACGGCUUCCUUCGCACGCAGCAGUCGAGCGAGGUGGCGGAGCUGCGCGCUACGCUGGCGAAGCUCAAGCGGCAAGAGGCAAACCACGCGGGCGCACGCGCCCAGAGCGAGCAGGCCAUCCGAGUCAGGGAGGAGCGGGCCAACGUGGAGCAGGCACUCAGGAGAGAGGAGGCGCGGGAGAAUGAGCGUAAGAGAAGAGAGAGGGAGAGCGAGGUGGUGCGGAAUGAGAAGAAGAAGAUCGAAGAGAGGGUCAAGAAAGGUGGCAAGAGAUUUUUCCUAAAAGAGGCCGACAAGAAGAGACUCGUGCUCGAGGACCAAUUUAAGAGACUUGGGGGCGCCAGCGAGGGCGGAGAGGGCGGGGGCGAGGAAAAGGGAGCAAAGCGGCAGCUGCGAAAGGCCCUGGAGAAGAGGCGAAAGAAGAAUGCGGCAAAGGAGAGAAAGAGCAUGCCCCUGGGCGGCGGUGGCGCGUCGUCGUUCUCGCGACGGGAUCAAGACCCAUCCGCGGCUCCUGUUCCAAAGAGGCUGAAGAUGGGACGAUGAAUCCAAUAGAUGUG